CAUUAAGCCGCCAGUUAGAGAUCAACCAGAGAGACCUUCCUAUAUCACCAUCAUCUUUUUCCAAGCCUUUCUUUUCAAGCCGGGCACGUUGUAUAAUAGAGGACUAAACCGACUCGACGAUAAUGAGCAGCCCAGGCAGCGGGAAUCACUGUUCGUUUGUUCUCCUCGCCGAAUUCGAUAUCAUUGAAGGCGCACAGCUGAAAUAUCAGUUUCCUCAACCACUUGGUAUAGACGAAUCUGUGUUAGCAAUGUCUAUGCUGCCCGAUGGAGCAGAAACACAACUCGACGAUUGGACAAUAUUCUUUCUGAAUCAAACAGAUUUCAAUACAAUCGAGCCGGUGUUGGCGUUGGAAUCCGAUUCUGAUUCAUUCUUGGAAGAUCAAGCUGGAGAUCACGCUGGACAGGAGAGGAGAAAGAAGAAGAAGGAGCUGUUAUGUGUGUUAAAUCUGGUACGGACCAAACACGAUAAGACUCUGAACCGAGGAGCGAAGGUACUGGCCCUAGCCAUAUGUACGCGACAUCCGUACAUACAGAUAUUCAAGCCGGUCCUCUUAAUAGCCCUCGAUGAUUACCUCUCAAAUCCUUCACAGGAUGUUCUGGCACGGCUUUUCGACGCUGUUAAUGCGAUAGAUUUCACUGUCGCCCCUGUGCUGUCAAGAGACGAAAAAUUGGUAAUGCGGAUGAGCGAACGGAAGGAUAUCUUUGCAGAAAGACAUAAACACCUGUACACCAACUUCACUUCCUCCUUCACUCAACAUAAAAACAGUAACUCCGAUUCCAGUGUGAAUAAUCAGAGCCUACCUAUUCGUCCUCCUGUCAAAGAAGAUCCUGACUUGAAUAUUCCCGGAGAUGUGUCAUUCGGAAGCGCCGUCUGGGUAGGAGACGAAAGUGCGUUUGAUAUUUCUGGCACUACUUCCGAUAGCGAUGGUGCCACUGACGGAGCUUCGACCGUCAUUGGCUCGACCCGGCAACGCAGUUCGACUGAUGCUUCAUCAUCAUCAUCAUCAUCGCACUUACACCUUCCUCGAAUACCAAUCAGCCGCGCUGGAUCAUCCUUUGGCUCACACGAUUCAACUGUCAGUGGCACGAAGGUUGGGGGGACGUCGUCCUACAUGGGUGCCGGAAACACUAUUCAAGAUACUCAUUUCUUCAACACGACAGUGGAGUACAACGACCAUAAACUCCCAAUCAAAAUGCCAUUGUCGACUUUUCCGGAGGAAGUUGGUGAUUAUUCGCUGAUCACACUCAUACGAACGUUCUCUCAACCUACUUCAUCCACCUCGUCGUCUUCGACAGCGUUACAUUCCGCUGCGCACCCAUCACUUAUUCACCCACAUCUACAUACUUCUGGAUCCUCGACACAUCCAAUCAUCAUACUCUUCAAUGCUUUAGUAACGGGUAAGAACAUAAUAUUUCUAGGACACAAACGUCCCGCGGGUGAAGUAUCAUUAUUCGUGCUUGCUGCAUGUGCUCUGGGGAGUGGUUGCGGCGUCGUACUUCGUGGAUUUGUUGAGCGGGCUUUCCCUUAUGCGAACCUGAAUAAUAGGGAUGAGUGGGAAAGUGUACCAGCUUACAUUGCUGGCGUGACUAAUCCCAUUUUCGAGGCUACUCGCUCCUGGGAUCUCCUCUGCGACAUCAGUACAGGGACAGUGUCAGUAUCGAAAGAUAUUUGGGCCAAGUGGCCCGUUGGCGCUGGGAUGGGAAUCAGCGGUUCUGCAGGUGGAACUGGAGCUGGCCUGAUUGCACCACUCCUGACGAGGACAGGUACGCUCAAGGCUGAGGUCACAAAUGACGAGGUUCAAAGGGAUGCCGCGUCUAGUGUGAAAGGAGAAGUCAAAUACGCAGACUCAGGAGGGGUAAAUAGUGCAGAUAAUAUGUUCAUCGAGGAUAUUAAAACUGCAAUUGAAUUUCACUACGGCGAAUCUCUCGUACGAGUACGGUUCACAGAAUACGUCAUGCGAUUCGUGAGGUUGGCUUCACGAUACGAAGAGGAAACCUAUUCCCCUGACCCUACAGAAAAAGAGGGAUCGUCGAAGCCGAAAACGAAGAUUGGUUAUCCAUCAGCCCCAUUCAAAGAGGGCCAAGUUGGUGGAGGACAGCUUGGUAGUGGCUUGGUUUUCAACGAUGAAGCUUUGGGCAUCAGGGAGCUCGUAGCAAAUGCAAGUCGGAUUGAAGGAUGGAGAGCGACGAACAGCUAUCGUUAUUUUGUUGAAGACUUUGCUCAUCAUCUCGCGCACGCACCAAUUCGCAACUUCGACGUUUUCCAUCAAAUUCUUCGCCUUAAGCAUGCGAGCGGGGCGAGGAAGAUGAGUGACGCGGAAGCACAUAUGAUCAUGAAGGGUCUGGCGGAUGGGGUGAAGGGGUAUGACCAGGUCGUCGAGUUACUUUCCUACCUGACGCCACACUCUGGCGGCCUUCUUCCGCUAGCCUUUGGGCUAUUUCAUCCGCGUGAAAGUGUACGGGAUGCCACGGUCGACUUGUUUAAUCAGCUGAGGGCACAUCCUGUCGGCGUUAUUUAUCUCCAGUCUCUCAACCACUUCCAGCGAUAUGCGUACGUCCGCCUAUCUCAUGCACGGGAAGUGAAGGAAAGGAAAACGGCUGAACAGCCCCAGCACCCGAGUCAAUCGUACCAACAAUCCUACUCAAGUCAAUACUCAAGUGGACAGCAACCUCAAUUUGCUCCUGUACCAUUCGGACGGAGCCAUUCGAAUUCGAGUGCGAGCAUGAGUUUUGGAUCUCCUCUAGGGGCUGGUAUUGCUCUGCCAUCGUCGUAUGGCGAAUCCAGGCUGAAUGGGGCUUAUUGAAUAAAUUGUAGUACCUGUAACAUAUGUAGGGUGUACACGGGGACACGGGGGGUUCUCGUGUAUCUUAUCUAUAUAUAAUUUCAAAAUCAA